ACUAGCAAUGCUUUGUUUUUUAAGGGUUUCUGAGAGUAUCUGACCUGGCAUCAUGUUAGUUUACUAAGACUUUCUAUACUUAACUGCGCUGUUUAAGUAAUUUUAAAAGAAACAACCACCUCCUACACAUGAUGGUGACUCAGUUAGUGAGAGUGCUUUCAAACCGCAGCUGUCCCAUAUUCAGCAUGUCUCUUUUAAAGAUCGGGGGUAUUACAGUUGUACAGGCCAUCGUUCCCUGUUCCCUUCCUGAGCUGUUCCCUGCCAACACUGUCAACCGUCAGCAGUAUCUGGGGACAUGGUACUUUAAAGCAGCAGUCAGUCAUAGAGAGGCUGACAUCCAGAAGUUCAAAGCACUGGACAACACUUUGUUCAGCUUGGAGGAGACAGCCAAUGACACACUGCUGCUGACAGGACAUAUGCGCAUGGGAGAUAACUGCAUAAAGCAGACCUGGACCUAUCAUCAAAAUGCUGAAAGGGGUGAUUUGGAACUGAAGGGAAGGCCAGAGCGGAGGAACCUGCUCUGGAGCGGCAAGUGGGCGAACUGCGCCAGCUGCAUCAUUUUCCAGGAAGUGGAGCCACCUUUAAAGGAAACAGACACAGUCGACUCCCUCAACAGAUUGAUGCUGUAUGCUCGGCAGAGUGAUGUGGACUCUGAGGUGGUGACAACAUUUCUGCAAAACUCGGCUUGUAAUAACAUGUUGGCAAGUUUCAGACUACCUCAACUGAAAGGUAUGUCUUUAAGGCAGUUUCCAAAUUUGUUUGGAGAGGUUGAUGCAUCUGAAUCUCAAAAUGUUUCUUUUUAAAUCUAACAUUUAUAUCUGCAUUUACAGAGUUUUGCACCUAAAUAUUAACACUGAGGUAGGCACGAAUAUUACAUUUUACUUCUGUUGUCAUUUCGAUGAUCUUUCAUACCAAACUUGGUCCAUCCCUGCUGAUGAAAUUACAGUUCAGCCUUCCCACACUUUCUUACAGGAUGUUGCUGUGACCUUGGACACCCAAGAUAAUACGUUUAUUUCUUGUUUUCCAAGUGUAACAGUGAAAUAAAUACAUCAAAAAUACAGGCAUUUUCCCCCCUCUGGAAAUGUGUUGUUUUAUUCACUUCUAACAAGAGACAAAGAGUGAGUACCAGCAGUUUUUUAAAUAUCUGAAGAUAUAUAAUGAGAACCAUUGAUUUGUGGUGUCAGCCUUUGUGCCUUUCACUUUCAGUAAAAAGAACCACAGGUGCAACAGCUUGAGUUGAGUAAAGAAAAACACCUUUGUGGGGGAGGAUCCACCCAGCAAAACCCCAGGGAUUUCCCAUGAUGCCACUGAACAGAAAUACCUGUUCACAUAACUUGAAUGAAGGUUCAUUCAUGAACAAUUCAGUAAUGGCUUAACUGUAAUUACACACUCAGAUAUACUCGGUUUGCUGGAGUUUAAUAACAAAUCCUCAAAGAAACAUUAUUUAAAAAACCCGAAAGUGGCGGGUCAAAUGUGAUGCAUUUUAUAUAAAUACUGAUUCAUUAAGACUUUUAAGUAAUGUUACGGAUUGGUUUCAAAUAAAUAAAUGACUUUUUUGCUGCUUAGUGUUGCAAUUAGAUAUAAUGCAGAUUUUAUUCAUGCACAGUUCAUGAAAGUUUUGUUAUUAACAUGGAGUUUUCCUCAGAAAAAUCUCUCUCCUGCACAGGAAGUGACAGUUGUUACAUUCAGAAAACAAGCAACAACAGUUUAUUCAGAAUAAACAUAAGUAAAAUCAUGUGAGCAGAAACAUGUUUGUGUCCUUGCUCUUGUUACCACAGUAACUAAUAAUCCAGUCACUUCCACCUUCUUUGUAACUCACCUUUACUCAGGGCCAAACAUAACGCAGCAUGAUUGUGUAAUCCAUGUUUAUCUCUGCCUCAUCACCGCUCAGCAUGACACAGUGAUGACGGCACGCACCGAGUGUACGACAAUCUCUCAAACAUGUAAGUAGUAAACAAAUAAAGGUCACUUAGUAACGCAUUUGUUGGUGAGAUAGACUAGGGUGGGGGAAAUUCUUUGGGAGAUGAAAACAAAGAUACACAUGAUAGUAAAACAAAUGAGGAAACAA